GAGCUUCAAGGAGCCGAACCUCCGCAGGCGCUAAAUGCUAAAUGCUAGCGCAGAGGAAGCUCCUCAUGGUCGUAAGACGCCAAACAAAAUACCUACAAGCAGUACUUUCGUGCCCUUUGCAUCGGUCAUUUCCAUCUUCGUCGUUUUAGCAUCUGCCUUUUCUCUGCCAUUGACUUUGAUUCUUGCCCUGCGUUUAUUGUAUCACCAUGUGAAUGCUUUUCCGAUAUCUCUAGAAAGGCUGUUCAUUUCUUCCAAGUUCCAGAAAGCGCAUUUUGAUUGAAGAUCCGCUAGUUCGCGAUAGCAACACCAAGAACCGAGGCGGGAAGGAAAAAAAGAAGCUACUAUAGCCCGAGAAGCUAUCUCUCUACCUUUUCCAC